UAAAUACAGGUUUGUGGAAUGAGUAGACUGAGGAAGUGUAUGCUACGUGGGAGUGUUCCGAUUUGUCCUCUGAAUAGCGUUUCUUUCCUCUUCAAAUUAACAAUGGCAACACCUGAGCUCCGGACUGAGUUGGUUAAGUAUUUGGAAAGUCUGAAUAUCCAGACGGUCUGCGUAGACCAUCCACCGGUAUUCACUGUGGAAGAGAUGAUGCCUCACCUGCAAGACCUCAGUGGAGCAGUUACUAAGAACCUCUUCCUGAAAGACAAGAAGAAGAAGCGCCUGUGGCUGGUCUCUGUCCGCCAUGACCGUCAGGUCAACCUCAACGACUUGGCUAAGAAGCUAGGCUUGGGUAGCGGCAACCUCCGCUUUGCUGAGGAGGCAGCCAUGUUGGAGAAACUGAAGGUGGGCCAAGGCUGUGCCACUGCCCUGGCACUCUUCUGUGAUAAGGACCAGAGCGUCAAGUUUGUCCUGGACAGCGACCUGGUCAACGGAGGCCAUGAGCGAGUUUACUUCCAUCCCAUGACCAAUGCUGUCUCUAUGGGACUAAAGCCAGAGGAUCUCUUGAAGUUUUUAAAGGAGACAGGACAUGAACCAGUUCUUCAGAGCUUUGACUAGUAAAUACCUUGAAAUUAACAUACUUACUAUCCUGUCAGACUGUGCUUUGGCUUGGUACAAUUAUUUAUUUAAAAGUUAUUUACCUUUGUGCCUUUACUUCAGGUUAUCAAGAAAUUUCCAUUAUUGUAAAAAAAUAAAAAUAAUAGUCAAACAUUUGGGACAGAAUAAGGGAUGGAGAGACCUUGUUUUCUAUGGGCAAGAGACCAGUAGAUAGUUGGUUAUAUGUACAUGGUUGAAAGACAAUGUAGUAGUGAGUUACGGUGUUUGCAUUGUAUCUCCCUCUGCGAGAUCUAGUCAUUUGCACUGUUUUGAUACUAAAUACUGCAGUGUAAUAAAGCAGAUGAUGGAA